UGUUAAAACGUCACUUCCGAAUCAUCAUAAUUAUUAUUCUGAUCACCAGUUUUAUUUUUACUAAGUAGAUCUAGAUAUCUAGAUCUAAUAAACAUCGUACUUUUUAAAUAUUGAUCUUCAUCUAUUUCGAAAUAGAUUAAUUGUAUUUUUUGUUUUGGAUGAAUAUAUUGACCAAGUAGUUGGUUUCUCCUGAACCAACAUGUCCUCAUCAGAGGAGACCGCAUCUACAACUACCACCACCACCUCCACCACCAGCACAUUGUUGACCACACAUCCUGAGCUGAUUACUACUGCAGAGACCAAUAGCACUCCAGACUACAAUGUCACUCAGCCUCUCAUCUUCCUUCAGACAGCAGCAGCCCAAGGAAUAGCUGGAACAUUUGCGUGUGCUGCUAUACUGCUCACAGUUCACCAGAUCUACUUACACUUGCGAUACUAUACAUGUCCCAAUGAACAGCGAUGGAUUGUCAGAGUUUUAUUCAUAGUUCCCAUUUAUUCUUUUGACUCAUUCCUAAGUCUCAUGUUUUUCAACAAAGAUAACUAUUAUGUCUAUUUUGACAGCCUCAGGGAUUGCUAUGAAGCAUUUGUCAUUUACAGCUUUCUUAGUUUGUGCUAUGAGUAUCUUGGUGGGGAAGGAGCUAUUAUGUCUGAAAUUAGAGGAAAACCAAUUCAGUCAAGCUGGAUUUCUUGCACAUGCUGUUUUGCUGGUCGACAAUAUACCAUAGGAUUUUUACGUUUUUGUAAACAGGCUACUCUACAAUUCUGUUUUAUCAAACCUGUCAUGGCCAUAUUGACUCUUCUGCUUCAAGCGUUUGGUUAUUACAAAGAUGGUAAUUUCUCGCCAUUAGGUGGCUACCUGUACAUCACAAUAAUUUACAACAUAUCCGUUAGUCUUGCAUUGUACGCUCUCAUCAUGUUCUACCUGGCUACCAAAGAGUUAUUAAGUCCAUUUGACCCGAUCCUGAAGUUCUGCAUAAUUAAAUCUGUCAUUUUUCUUUCCUUCUGGCAAGGUGUGGUUCUGGCUGUCCUUGAAAAGGCCAAAGUCAUUGAUCCCAUCUUUUCUAAAAAUGGCACCCAAGCUGUUGGGGUAGGUACUGUCUCUGCUGGCUGGCAGAAUUUUUUCAUCUGCAUGGAGAUGUUCAUGGCAGCUGUGGCUCUGAGGUUUGCAUUUCCUCACAGUGUGUACAGUACUGGACCAACUAGUACACACGGACGUACUGUCUCCUUGCAGUCCAUUUCUAGCAGUCUUAAAGAAACCAUGAACCCAAGGGACAUAAUGCAGGAUGCUAUCCACAACUUCCACCCACAGUAUCAACAGUACACUCAGCAAGGCAUGAAGCCAAGUGAAGAGGAUGGGCCCUGGAGCUCUGAUACUUAUCAGCAGCAGCGUCCAGUUUCCAAUGGCAAUCCUCCAUCAACUUCCCCUGUCCCAAGCGGCACAACUGGAUCAGGAACUGCAGGUUCUGCUCACCAACCUGCCAAAGCAGCGCCACAGUCCCAAGGCAUCCCCAUAACUGGUGCCCCUGCUGGGAAGAGAAGCCGGUUCAACGAGAAGACAACCCUGCUCAACUCUGAUGAAGAGUUUCAGGACUCUGAUUCAGAUUUUUAACAUUCAAAGUUUUUCUGAGCUGCAGACGUUAUGCGUAAGUCCAAGGUCACAUUUUUCCUAUUCCAUUUUAAUAUUUUCAUUGCAUAAAUUGUUUGUUUGCCUGCAUCAUGCCACAAGAUUUCAGCUGCUCCAAUGAUUGGCCUGCUUUAGAACUAGCUCAUGCCUCACAUCUAGUCUCAUUACACUUUUCAUCUGCUAUAUUUAGAUCCUUUGGAAACCAUCUGGACAUCUUCUAAUUGUGUGCAUAAAAACAAUAACUUUGUUUAGUUAUGUUUUCCUUCAUUUUGUUUUUAAAGUCUGGUCUCUUUUGUUAUAGCGUUUGAUGAUUGUUGUUGUAAAUAUACUUGUUUUUUUUUUAUAUUAAUUGUUUCAUCUUUUUUCCCUUGUUUUUGUUUUUUCAAUUUACUGUAAAUUAUUUUAUUUGGUACUUAAACAAUUUCAACCAAUCUGCAUAUCUGUGUUACACUUAUAUAUAGAUAAAUAUUUGAUUAAAUAUAUGCUUAUUCUGUUGACCCUUGAAUGACAAAAAAACUUGCCCUCUUUAAAAAAAGGAACCAAUAACAGUUUUAGUAUCCAUCCUCUAGAGUCCCCACCUCAUCUAUCCUGACAUUCCUUUACAAUACUCUUCCUGUAUUAAAGAAGUCACAAGGCCAUUCAUUCUGGAAUUAUAUCAUUUGUAAACAGCAUUCAUAUCUUGUCAUUUUAUGUCUGCAUUUUGUAUUUUUAUUUGCCACAUUGUCUACUUCACAUGUUGAUUAUAGUUUUAUAUAGAAACAAUUUUGAUACACAAAAUAAGUCUUGAUUUAUUGUUAGUCAAGAAGAUAAUGUUUAAAAUAAAAAAAAAAUAUGUUAAGACCUUACAUAAUAAUGCCAAAAGUUUAUCUCCUAGCCUAGAUACCAUAUUACUAAAAAAAAAUAAAGCUGCUCCGAUUAGUUCAAUGUUUGGUUUUAUUAUAAUUAGCAUGUUGGUUUAAUAGUAAGUAGUAGGUAGUAACCUUUGAAUAGUACAAAUUAAGAUUUAGUAAUUUUUCUGUGGCAUACUAGAAGCAUUUUAUUAAAAUUAUUUAAUAGCAUAUCAUAUUUCAUUUGCUUGCUCUUUUUUCUCCCUUUGUGCAAACUUGUUUAAAAUGAAGCUCACGGCAUGCUCUCUCUCAAGUAAUGAAUGUCCUCUGUCUCAAAUGAACUCUCCACAUGUUGGUCUGUGCAGUUCUGUACAACUUUGCUUUGAUAUUGGUAACUUCUGAUAAGGAGUUGCACUGAAUGUGAUUUUGAUCCAUUUCAUUCAAUAUAAAUACUUCUAUUAAUACUAAACAAGCUGUGCUCCCUUUUAAGAAAAGUUUAACCUUAUGAUUUAAUUAGCUGGGUAACAUUUAUGUAAAUCUAUUAAUUACCUUAGAUAAAAGAUAAUGAUACACAGUGACAUCAUGAUACUUUAUGUUCUGUUGACAUAGCAACUGUUUUUCUUUUCGUGGAAGCUUGUUUGUUUGUUUUUUAUACAAGAAUUUUGUUUGUUAGAGAAGUUAUUUAAAUUUCCGAGGUUUUUUUUUUACUAUUGUUUCUAAGACUUGUAUGAAUUGUACUAGAAAUGUUUCAAAAUGUUGUAAUAUGUUUAGUUGCCAAGCUAAAAUAUUUGAUUUUUGUUUAAUAUUUGUCAUUUCUUAUUUUUAAACAGGUAGUUGAGAUUUACAUACAUUUUCUAAUAACUUAUUUAUAAUUUUUAAGUCUAUUAAAUGAUUCUAAACAGAGACAUGCCAAGUAUCUUAUGAUAUAUAAAUCAUUUAUCUAUAGAAAAUUUCACUCAACAAUCAAAGUCAAUCAUUACAUUAUCCAACCAUUAAAGACAUUGAAAUGUUUUUAAAUCAUUUUCAACCUCAAUGCAGGCUGUUUGAACAAUUGUUAGCCUAAUUAUGUUGAUCUGAACUGUAAUGAUUUUUUAGCCUAGCUAUUGAGUUUCAGAUAAAUGUGUACUAUGAAGAAGGUUUUAAUGCUUUUCCUAUA